UCUUCUUCUUUCUCUUCCUUAUUUGCCCAUAGAAUCAGUCACACAUAUUUCUCUCUGUCUUCUUCUCUGAAACAUUUUUCCUAUUUUGAAGGACAAAUUGUUUGGAUCCAUUGCGUUUAUACUCAAACAAAUAAUAAAAAUCAUCAGAAAUGGCAGCUCAACAGAAGAAUGUCGGAAUCCUCGCCAUGGAAAUUUACUUUCCUCCUACUUGCAUUCAACAGGAAACGUUGGAAGCUCAUGAUGGAGCAAGCAAAGGGAAAUACACAAUUGGUCUUGGACAAGAUUGCAUGGGAUUUUGUACUGAGGUGGAAGAUGUUAUAUCAAUGAGUUUGACAGCUGUUUCUUCCCUUCUCGAAAAGUAUGCGAUUGAUCCAAAGAAAGUUGGUAGACUGGAAGUUGGAAGUGAGACUGUUAUUGAUAAAAGCAAAUCCAUCAAGACGUUCCUGAUGCAAAUAUUUGAGAAAUGUGGGAAUACUGACAUUGAAGGAGUUGACUCAACUAAUGCAUGCUAUGGUGGAACUGCUGCAUUGUUCAACUGUGUGAAUUGGGUGGAGAGCGCGUCAUGGGAUGGACGCUAUGGACUUGUUGUAUGCACAGAUAGUGCGGUCUAUGCUGAGGGACCUGCUAGGCCCACAGGAGGCGCAGCUGCCAUUGCGAUGCUAAUUGGCCCUGAUGCCGCUAUUGUGUUUGAAAGCAAGAUCAGGGCUAGUCAUAUGGCUCAUGUCUAUGAUUUUUACAAGCCCAUCCUAGACAGCGAAUAUCCAGUAGUUGAUGGCAAGCUUUCACAAACUUGUUAUCUCAUGGCACUUGAUUCUUGCUACAAGAUCUUAUGCAACAAAUACGAGAAAUUGGAAGGCAAUCAGUUUUCGAUAGCUGAUGCAGCUUACUUUGUGUUCCAUUCACCAUACAACAAGCUUGUACAGAAGAGCUUUGCUCGGUUGGUAUUCAAUGACUUUACGAGGAAUGCUAGCUCCAUCGAUGAAUCUGCUAAAGAAAAGCUGGCCCCAUUUUCGUCUCUAAGUCAUGAUGAAAGCUACCAAAGCCGUGAUCUUGAGAAGGCAUCCCAGCAAGUUGCAAAACCGUUUUACGAUGAGAAGGUGCAACCUACCACAUUAAUACCAAAACAAGUUGGCAAUAUGUAUACUGCCUCUCUAUAUGCUGCUUUUGCAUCACUCCUUCACAAUAAACGCAACACACUGGCUGGACAACGGGUAGUUCUGUUCUCCUACGGUAGUGGAUCAACCGCAACAAUGUUCUCCCUCAAGCUUAAGAAGGCUCCUUUUAGCUUGUCAAACAUUGCAAGUGUGAUGAAUGUUAAAGAGAAAUUGGAAUCAAGAAACGAGUUGACUCCUGAAAAAUUCAUCGAAAUUAUGAAACUAAUGGAGCAUAGGUACGGGGCCAAGGACUUCGUUACGAGCAAGGAUUGUAGCCUUCUAGCUCCAGGAACCUACUACCUUACAGAGGUUGAUUCCAAGUAUAGAAGAUUUUAUGCCAAGAAAGCUGCUGAGAAUGGACUGGCCAAUGGUCAUUGAAGAUAAGUCCUAGCUAGCAACAAGCUGUAAUGCCCAACAAUUUGGCUUGUGUUGUUUUAGUUUUCAAGUUGUGCUAUUUAAACUUAGUGAGUUUUCAGUUUCUCUGUAUUUCUUUUUUCAAUUAAAGUUUUAAGAAUUCAGUGGUUAUGGCCGCGAAGAUGGAAUUUGGGUCGUAGGACUAGUAGUAUCUCUCCAGAUCUGGCAAAAACGUUUGUUUUCUCUUUGGAGAUAAUUUAUAGAUGAUUGACAACCAUCAAUGUAAUCUUGAUUUAAAUUACGCAUUUGUGGAAUUUGGAACUUCAAACUGAUGAGCAUGUAAGAUGAUUCGGAUAUCAAUUUUAUGAAAAA